UGUUAAAGACUUGAAAGAUAACGAGCAAGAGCACCAGAAUGAAUUCACAUGAUCGGACACAUCCGUUUCGCUCGCAUGUCGAGCACGUCCAGACGGCGCUCAACGAAAAGAACUGGGAAUGGUCCUUUCUGGUGCGCAAAUGUCGCAACCUGGAGCUGGAGGAGUCAUAUGAGCUGUAUAUGCGCCGGCUGCGCAUUGGCUAUCUGUCGAUAUUCAUCUUUAUCGAGCUGCUGGUCACCUUCACCCAUGCCCUGCUGCUGUUGACCUCAUCGGAUCUGACCUAUGCGUAUAUUGAUAUGGUCGCCUAUGUGGUCACCGGUCUGCUGAUUUGGUUAAUACUCUCGGUCAACUUUCGCAAUGAGCUAAUUAGCAAGCACGGCUGGCUGAUCUACGCCUCCUCCUGGCUGGCCGUCUCCAUCCUGGUGCUGAUGGAUAUUGGCCUGAACAUCUACCAUGCCACCACCAAUAACGAUAUACUUAAUCCCAUCUACGAUGCCUACACUCUUUAUGCCAUCUACAUGUUCAUGCCCAUUCCAUAUGUGCUGCAGCCCUUUAUACUCGGCGCCGCGGUUACCAUCUGCUACAUAAUCAAUUACAGUUUUGUGAUCACUUCCAAGGAGGAGAACCAAAUGCAUAGCAUAUUCAAUGAAGCCAUCUACCUGAGCUGCGUGAAUUGCCUGGGCAUCUUCUUCCGACUGAUGCGAGAUAUUGCGCUGCGCACGACGUUCCUUGACAGGCGGCAGUACGUGGAGGAGAAUCUUUUGUUGCGAUAUGCGCGGGAUCAGGAGCGCAGUCUAUUGCUCAGCAUAUUGCCCGCUCAGAUAGCCGAUCGUCUGCAGGAGGAUGUCCGGAAUCGCAUCGAACGCUCCAAGCAACAGCAUCAGCGCAGACCCGGCUUCGAUCACGGCCUCAACAACAACAGUCAGGCGUUAAAGCGUUGGCGCCAGCCGGAUCAUGGGACACUCUUUAUCGAGCCACACAAGGACGUGACCGUACUCUAUGCGGAUGUGGUCAACUAUACGCAUCUGACCACAACGCUGGACGUGAAGAAGCUGGUGGAGGCGCUGCACGAUCUGUUUGUGCGCUUCGAUAUCGCCAGCGAGGAGUACAAUGUGAUGCGCAUCAAGUUCUUGGGCGAUUGCUACUAUUGCGUCGCUGGACUGGCCAGUCCCAAUGAGGAUCAUGCCAAGUGCUGUGUCGAUCUGGGUCUGCGCAUGAUCAAGGACAUACGCGAUGUUAGGGAGAAGCGUCAUCUGAAUAUCGAUAUGCGCAUUGGCGUCCACUCCGGAGAUGUGCUGUCGGGCGUAAUCGGCGCUGCCAAAUGGCAAUUUGACAUUUGGUCCAAGGAUGUGGACAUUGCCAACCGACUGGAGGCCACCGGCGCCACGGGACGUGUCCAUGUGAGUCAACAAACGCUGCGGCUGCUGGACGGCGAGUACUUCUUUGAGGAUGGCACCGAAAAGGCACGCGAGGAUCCGGUGCUGCAGAAGCACGACAUACGCACCUUUCUGAUCAAGUCGCUGCGCGCCCCCAUGCAUGAUCCGCGUCGGGUGCAGCGCGAGCGCCAGGCCAAGAAGCUGAGCGAGGCCAGCAAAUCGAAUUUCAUGUACAACUCGACGCUGCAGCAAUACAAUCAAGUGCGCAACCAGGCCAAGCUCGAGAUGUGCCGCGAGCUAGACAAAAUGCCCAUCGGUCGUAUACAGAUCACCAAGGUGUGCCGCCGCUCCAAGAACCUCACACAGGAUGAAAUCGAGGAGGAGACCUUUCGACGCAACAUCAGUUCCUUCUGUUUGCUCUUUCGCAUACGCAACUGGGAGCUUCAGUACAUACGGGAACCGGAUGUGAUGCUCAAGUAUAGCAUUGCACUGGCCUGGUUUGUGUACAUGUGCCUGCUCUCCAUACAGCUGCUCAGCAAGGACGCCCAAUACCACUACUGGGUCAUCGAUGGCAUCACCAUAUUCGUGCUGACGACACUGCUGAUCAUCUCCUGGUACAAGAAACUUUGGAUUAUGUAUGCCUCCGACGCGGAACAGUCGCUGCCUCAGUCCAAAAUCAGCCUACUUUUCUAUAGAAUGUCCGACUGUAUGCAGCGCAGCAUUAUAAUACGCCUUGUUGUCUACUUUCUCGUUAUUCUAUCCUAUGGUGGCGUGGCGACUAUGCAAGUGCUAGACUGUAGAUCUACAUCCAUUGAGGAUGAAACAAUACCGGGGGUUAGCUUUGAAGAGCGCUUACAAUGCUUUCAUCCUUGGAUCCUGACCAACUGCAUGACCCUAGUCAUUGGCACAUCCUUUCUGUUCACGCGCAUACCCUUCUUUGUGAAGACAACUGUGGCGGUGGUCAUCACUGGGACCUACGCGGUGCUGGUGGUCUUCGAGUUUGAUUAUAUCUAUGCCCUCAGUCCCUCGACGAAUGUGAACUUCAAUGCCGAGUAUUCCCACAUUUUGCUCAUUUUCAUAACGCUGGGCAUAUUCCAUUUGAUGGAGCGUCAGACUGAGUUCAUAGCCAAAGUGGAUUACAACUGGAAGCGGCAACUGAUGCAGAAACAGGACGAUGCCCUUAUCACCAAUGACACCAUCAAGGUGCUGCUGGUCAAUAUAUUGCCCGCUCAUGUGGCCGACUUCUAUUUAUCCACGCAGCUGCAGAACGAACUUUACUACGAGGAGUACGACAAUGUGGCCGUCAUGUUUGCCUCAAUCAAAAACUUUGAUACCGAUAAAAUAGGUCUGCGUGUGCUCAACGAGAUCAUCUGUGACUUUGAUGAUGUGCUGAACAAAUAUGCGACUAGUAUGCGCGUGGAGAAGAUCAAGGUGGCCAACUGGACAUACAUGGCGGCCUGUGGCCUGGAUGUCACACGUUCCGAGCAGGUCAAUGCGCCCCAGGUGAAAUUUCGCAACGUGUCCUUAAUGCCAAACGGUCGACGAAGUCAGUACCGCAACUUGGGCUCUGAGCAAAUGCAGCGCGUGCCUUACGGCAAUGGCAGCACCAUAGCUCUAGAUCUGGAGCGUGGCCAGUACGAGGGCAAUGUGAUAAACGGUACGCCGAGAGUGAGUAACGGUGACAACAGCAACGAGCGAAGCAAUGAUGAGGUGGUCAAGGUUAUGGCCAAUUUUGCUUUGGAUCUGAUGCGUGCGAUGCGACGCUUUAAUGCUGAGAAUAUGCAGUCGGAAUAUGAGGGCAGCACGGACUAUGGCAUGCUACGCAUCGGCAUCUCACAUGGCCGGGCCAUGGCCGGUGUGGUCGGCAUAUCGAAGCCCCACUAUGAUAUCUGGGGUAAUCCGGUGAAUAUGGCCUCCCGAAUGGACUCGACGGGCGUGCCAGGCAAAAUACAAGUGACAGAGAAUACGGCAUUGAAGCUGCGCAAUUUUAAUAUUCAAUGCAAUUAUCGGGGUAACACGUUUGUCAAGGGGCGUGGCAAUAUACCCACCUAUAUACUGGGCACCGAUGACGAAUACAAGGGCUUCCUGCCCCAUCAGCAGGUAACACAAGCACCUAGUUAAAUAAUCGAUUUUUUAAGUAUAUUACAAUUGCAUGUUUGUAUUAUGUAUAUAAAAUUGUAUUAAACACUGUACAGAUAAUAUAGAACGUGAUGAAACUAA